UAUGUCAUGUCUGUCAUACGAAGAGUCCUUGUGUCAAGUCAUCAUCCACCUCUCAAAAAUUAUCACAAAGCCCACAUUAGUACAUCAGAAAAAUCAAUGGAAACCCAACCUAAAGAAAAAUCCUCUCCACAUGUGCUAAUCUUCCCUUGUCCAGCUCAAGGCCAUGUAAACUCCAUGCUAAAGCUAGCCGAACUUCUUGCCAUUCAAAACCUCCGCAUAACUUUCCUCAACACCAAGUACAUCUACAACCGUCUCAUCCGUUUCAACGAUGGUAUUCAAGCUCUUUCAGAAUGUUACCCUAUGCUUCAAUUCAAGACUAUAUCUGAUUUUCAUAACGAGGAGGAACAUCCUGGAUUUGGAGAUAGGAUAGGAGAUGUAAUUGCAUCCUUGAGUUUGUAUGGUAAACCUUUUCUAAGAGAUAUUAUUGUUUCUGAGAAAAUAACUUGUAUUAUUUUAGAUGGAAUCUUCGGUGAACUUGCUACUGAUCUGGCUGCUGAAUUUGGGAUACAAUUGAUUCAUUUUCGUACUAUCAGUGCUUGUUGCUUCUGGUCUUUGUUAUGUGUUCCCAACCUCUUGGAGUGUAAUGAACUUCCUAUUAGAGGAGAAGAAGACAUGGAUCGUAUCAUAAGGAAUAUGCCAGGCAUGGAAAACUUGCUUCGGUGCAGAGAUCUUCCAAGUUUCUGUCGAGAAAACAAAAAAGGUAAUCUGACUUUAGACUUUGUUGUUGUUCGAAGUCAACAAUCACUUAAAGCAAACGCGCUUAUACUCAACACGUUUGAGGAUCUAGAGUUUCCAAUCCUUAACCAAAUUCGUCUUCACUUCCCCAACCUCUACACUCUUGGCCCUCUUCACCACCUCCUCAAUACUAUCAACAAACCAUCAUCCUUUAAGAGCAACUUCUUCAAAGUUGAUAGAACCUGCCUGACGUGGCUCGAUUCUCAGCCGUUGAAAUCAGUUAUAUAUGUUAGCUUUGGUAGCUUUACACCAUUGAAGAGAGAAGAAGUCAUUGAGAUUUGGCAUGGUUUAUUGAACAGCAAAACACAGUUUUUAUGGGUGAUUAGGCCAAACAUGGUACAAGAAAAAGGACUGUUGAAAAUGGUUAAGGAAGGGACUAGUAAGGAAAAAGGGUUGAUUGUGGAGUGGGUUCCACAAGAUGAGGUGUUGGCUCAUAAGGCAAUUGGUGCUUUUUUGACACAUAGUGGAUGGAAUUCAACUUUGGAGAGUGUGGUUUGUGGUGUGCCUAUGAUUUGUUGGCCUUACUUUGCUGAUCAACAGGUUAACAGUAGGUUUGUGAGUGAGGUUUGGGAACUUGGUUUGGAUAUGAAGGAUGUUUGUGAUAGGAAUGUGGUGGAGAGUAUGGUGAAUGAAGUUAUGGUGAAUAGGAAAGAUGAGUUUCUUAGUUCAUCUAAGAAAAUGGCUGAUUUGGCAUGCAAGAGUGUGAGUUCUGGUGGAUCCUCCUGCAACAACUUUCACAAUUUGAUUCAGUUUAUAUGGUCUAGUAGCUCGUAUAGCCCAUAAAAUAAUGUUUACUAUCUUAUGUAAUUUUGGGAAGUUGUGGUUCAGAUUGACUUUUGGGCCAUGAUAUGGAGUUUGUAAUGUUUCUUGAAAGCUUACUUUUGAAACAUUUGGAUUUUAGAAUUUUAUUUUGUUAAA